GCUGCAGCGACGUGACUGGGUUGAAAUAGAAAGUGGACCAGUGUGCAGCCCACACCGAACACUCGCACACCCGCUACAGUCUUCAAAGCAGUAAUGACCACCACGACGUUGUCCCAGUGUACGCUGCUCGUACUGGUCAUACUGUGGUGCGACGCAUCGGCGGGACCGGCCAUCGACCCGAAGUUCCUGAUGGAGCUCGCCAGCCAGUUCGACCCGUCGGUGCUGACGCAGUCCUGCAGAAAGGUAUUUAGCAAGUGCAAGACCCGCAUCGUUCCCCUGGUGCUACAACUGGAGAGUCUGCUGCAGAAGGCCCCCGACCUUCUUGAUGUUGAGUGCGUCCAAAAAGAACUGGCCAAAGGAUUCCCGCGGUUUGACAUCGAAUGCGUCAUGACCGAUGACUACAGGGAGGGCAUGCAAUGCAUGGAGGACCCAAAGGUCCUGGAUGUACUCGGACCCAAGGUUGCCAAAGCGCUCAAGCCACUAACGAACUGCCUCAAGGACGUGCCGCCGCCUGCCUGAUCACAUCAAGAAGGUUGGAGCCAGAGUGCGAGGACUUGUCUGUAGAACGCUCCAGAACGCAUGCACAAGUCUUUUUUUCUUCUUCUCCUUUCCAUUUCUUGCAGCCAAACAGCAGAACAUUUAUGAAGCCGUGUCUGGAAUCCUAGCCGGAACACCGCAUCACUCUUCAGGUGUCUUGGUCUUCUUAGCGAAACGGCUGCAGUGCUGAAACAAGAGAAAGGUCCCCAAAUAGUGCAACAUUUUCAAUAAACAAAUGCAU